AAACUAUCAUUUAGUGUUGGGGUUCUACCAUGAUUUCCAGAUCCAGAUGUUUCUUCUCGAGAAACUCAUCGGUGCUUAGUGCCCUCCGAUUGAACAAGAUUUCUCAGAAAUGUAUGACACCUGUGAGAUCAUCACAAUUCAAUUAUAAAUCAUUUUUUUCCAGUCGUAGUUAUUCCAACAUUGGAGGUGGUGUUCGUUCUGAAUCCUCGGUGGCAACUUUGGCAACUAAGGCUGCCCCCAUCGCUAAUGCGGGUAAAAGUUCACCCACCAUAUCCUCGAACGCUGUUGGUUGGUGGCUUAUUGGAACCUCGGGAUUGGUGUUUGGUAUCGUUGUACUUGGUGGGCUUACUCGUCUUACUGAAUCUGGAUUAUCUAUCACCGAAUGGAAACCAGUCACUGGAACUAUCCCUCCACUUAACCAAGCCGAAUGGGAGCUUGAAUUCGCCAAGUAUAAGGAUUCUCCUGAGUUCAAACAACUCAACUCUCAUAUUACUCUUGAUGAAUUUAAAUUCAUCUUUAGCAUGGAAUGGGGUCAUCGUUUAGUUGGAAGAACCAUUGGUGUAUUGUUUGUGUUGCCUGCCCUUUACUUCUGGACCCUGCGUAAACUUAGUACGCAUGUCAAAUGGAAAGUGGUUGGCUUGACUGGUCUUCUUGGGCUUCAAGGUGCCAUUGGUUGGUGGAUGGUCAAAUCCGGGUUAGAUGAAGAACAAUUGGCAGAACGUAAGUCCAAACCUACUGUGUCGCAAUAUAGAUUGACCACCCAUUUGGGGGCUGCCUUCUUGAUGUACUUGGGUGUAUUAUGGACCGGGUUUGAGAUUUUGAACGAAAAUAAAUGGAAGAAAGCUCCAGAACAAGCUCAAAAGCUCUUUGCUCAAUUAAACAACCCUGCAUUGAAUAGACUUCGAGGUAUUGCUACUGCCUUGCUUGGAUUAACCUUUUUAACUGCCAUGUCCGGAGGAAUGGUUGCCGGGUUGGAUGCUGGGUUGAUUUAUAAUACUUUCCCUCAUAUGGGUGAUGAUUGGAUCCCAUCCACAGGGGAAUUGAUGUCUCCUGUGUUUGCUCGUCUUUCAGACGAGCUGGACAAAUGGUGGAGAAAUCUUUUAGAAAACCCAACUACAGUGCAAUUAGUCCAUAGAGUAUUGGCCACUUCCACUUUUUUCUCAGUCUUGGGACUUCACAUGUAUGCCGUUAGACAUAAGGCCAUUAUCCCCAAGACUGCCCAAAGUAUGGUUCACACCAUGAUGGGCUUUGUUUCGUUGCAAGUUGCCCUUGGUAUUACCACCUUAAUCUACCUCGUACCAAUCCCAUUGGCUGCUGCCCAUCAAGCUGGUGCACUUGCCCUUUUAACCACAGUCUUGGCCUUUUGUUCUCGUUUGAAAAAACCAAGACAAGCUACCUUGCAACUUAUCCGGACCAUGGCUAAGAAGUAGAAGAGUAAAGCAAUAUAAAUAAUUAAUACGGGCUGGGGGAGAGAUCAUUCCUGCCAGAUCGUGAAUAAACUUGUAAAUAG